GAACGAUCCCUUCUUUCUAGUUCAACCAUUUAUAAAUGUCAAUCUCUAACUGCAUGGUAGACAGUACAGCUUCGCAUUUUCUCACCCAAAUAUGACAAUGAACACUCGUCUUGCCUCUUUUCUCCUUCUCCUUACAGUCUCCACCGCCGUCGUUGCUGAUAAGCAUGACUGCGUGUACACGAUAUAUGUAAAGACUGCGUUGCUCAUCAAUGCAGGGACAGACUCCAUCAUCAGUGUCACGCUCUACAACGCCAAGGGCAAGUAUGUGGAGAUUUCAAAUCUGGAGUCAUGGGGCGGCCUGCGGGGGCCUGACCACGAUUAUUUCAAGAGAGGAAAUUUAGAUAUUUUCAGCGGAAAAGGACCCUGCCUACACUCUCCAGUCUGCGCCUUGAAUUUAACCUCUGAUGCAAGCGGAACGAAUCCUGACUGGUACUGUGAGUACGUUGAGGUGACAACCACUGACGUUCAUGAGAUUUGCUCGAAGCAGAUGUUCACGAUAGAUGAGUGGCUGUCCCGUAAAGAGGAGCCUAAAGAGUUAACGGUCAUUAGGAACAACUGUGCAUCAAAAGCCAAUGAUCUCAAAGGUUGUGAUGAGGUCAAAGUCAAAUCUGCUAUCAUGUGAGGCGUUUCCAUGGAAGCACUAUUGCCAUGGGAGAUGAUUAAGAGAGAUUGUUCUAGUACGUGUGAUAUAUGGUCGAAGCUAUAAGUAAUAAAAGUGUGUUUUCAGAUUUUUCACGGUGCUCA